CACUUUGAGGCCAGCCACAUGAAAACAAUGUGGGAGAAAUAUCCAGCAUGACGCACGAGAGGCCGCAGAUGGUUCAGCAGUGUGGAGCCCCCACCCUGCAUCGGCUGCGGUCUGAUUAAGUAACAAACAGAGCUAACAACGCGCACCAGAGCGCACGGCUGCAGCGACACCUCUUCAGACAGAAGGAAUUAAUUUUUUUUAACCUUUUAACCCUUUUUAAAAAAAAAAAAAAAUCUCUCUACCUCUCUAUACGUUUUAGAUCUCUUUAACUCACCACAUUUUUUCUCUGCGUUUUGGUUACCCGCAUUUAUGUAAUGAUAAAAUGGUUUUAUGCACACCUGACAUCGGCUCAGCUGUGAAGUAAUCUCACACUUUUGAUUGUUUUACCUCAGUUAAUUAUCUAACGAUCAGUGCAAUUUGCUGCAAUGCUCUCAGAAAAAGAGAGAAAGCUCAUUAACAGUAUAUUGGAAAGACUGACUCCUGUGGCCGAGGAUAUUGGUUCAGAAGCGCUUCGUAGGAUGUUCGUCACAUUCCCGGGUACCAAGACAUACUUUUCCCAUCUCGACAUCAGUGAACGCUCCCCUCACCUGCUCUCCCACGGGAAGAAGAUCGUCCUGGCCAUAGCAGAGGGAGCUAGAGAUAUCAGCCAUCUGACUGUCACCUUGGGUCCUCUGCAAACUCUGCACGCCUACAAGCUGCGGAUAGACCCAUCCAACUUCAAGCUGUUCUCACACUGUUUGCUCGUCACCCUGGCCUGUCACAUGGGCGAAGAAUUCACACCGGUUGCACAUGCAGCAAUAGACAAGUACCUGUCAGCAUUCUCAGCUGUGCUCGCCGAGAAAUACAGAUGAGACUCAGUCACGUGUUUCCAGGAAGUACAAGAGGCAUUUAUGAUUAUUUAUGA